GGCAGAAGCCGCGGGUGCUUUAGUUCCAAGGAGGACCCCGGCCCUCAGGAGGAAAAGGAUCUGCCUGGUGGGAGCCGCAGUUGGCGCGGCUGGCUCUGCUCACCUGUGCCUCCUCCUGAGGCGGGCAGCCAUGAAGGACUCGCUGGUGUUGCUCGGCCGUAUCCUGGCGCACCCGGACUCCCGCUGCUGGUUCCUGGCCUGGAACCCCGCGGGAACCCUGCUCGCCUCGUGCGGGGGCGACCGGAGUGUCCGCAUCUGGGGCAGGGAGGGUGACAGCUGGAUCUGCAAAUCUGUCCUUUGUGAAGGCCACCAGCGCACCGUGCGGAAGGUGGCCUGGUCUCCCUGUGGGAAUUACCUGGCCUCCGCCAGCUUUGACGCUACCACUUGCAUUUGGAAGAAGAACGAUGAUGACUUUGAGUGUGUAACCACUCUGGAGGGCCACGAAAAUGAGGUCAAGUCAGUAGCCUGGGCCCCAUCUGGCAACCUCCUUGCCACCUGCAGCCGAGAUAAGAGUGUGUGGGUCUGGGAAGUUGAUGAAGAAGACGAGUAUGAAUGUGUCAGUGUCCUCAACUCUCACACACAGGACGUCAAGCAUGUGGUUUGGCACCCGAGCCAGGAGCUGUUAGCCUCUGCCAGCUAUGAUGACACAGUGAAGCUCUACCGGGAGGAAGAGGAUGACUGGGUAUGCUGUGCCACCCUCGAAGGCCACGAAUCCACCGUGUGGAGCUUGGCCUUUGACCCCAGUGGCCAGCGCCUGGCCUCUUGCAGUGAUGACCGUACCGUGCGCAUCUGGCACCAGUAUCUACCAGGCAAUGAGCAAGGGGUGGCGUGCAGCGGCUCUGACCCGAGCUGGAAAUGUAUCUGCACCUUGUCAGGCUUCCACUCCAGGACCAUUUACGAUGUCGCUUGGUGUCAGCUGACAGGGGCCCUGGCUACCGCCUGUGGGGAUGAUGCCAUCCGAGUGUUCGAGGAGGAUCCCGGCUCAGAUCUGCAGCAGCCCACCUUCUCUGUGACGGCGCACGUGCCUCAGGCCCAUUCCCAGGAUGUCAACUGUGUGGCCUGGAAUCCCAAGGAGCGGGGGCUCCUGGCCUCCUGCAGUGAUGAUGGAGAGUUGGCCUUCUGGAAAUAUCAGCCGUCUGAAGGCCUCUGAGCCACCUUGACUUUGGACAGAAUCAUGGUUCCCCAGAAAAUGUCAUAAGACUUUCCCAGCCCCUGAGAGGACCCGGAGGAGCAUGCCUGACCUUCCUUUAACUUGGCCCUCCUCCAUGCAGACUCGGGUAGAAGUGCAGGCCACAGAACCACUCACCCUUUCCCCCCCUUUGACACGGAGUCCUUGGUAAAGAGCUACGGAACAUCAAUCUAUUGUACUUAAGCCAGAUUUUGCUUGCUUUAGAGCACAGUGUUAAAUUUGGGCGUGGUGGUGAGUAUACUAUUUAUAAUCAUCAUAUCUAUAUGUAGGAGUGAUAUAUCUCAGCCCUUUCUGAAACUGUAAGCUUUAUAGAAAUAAUCUGAGUCCCAAGUCCUGUUUUAUAAGGACAUUCACAGUCUAAAAGAAUUCCAUGGUGAGUCCUUUUCUGAAGUAGGUCCUCCCUUCUCGAUUUCUGGGCAAACCCUUGCAUUUAAGACAUUCAGUCAAUACUGAAGGAAAUUUUUUUUUUUUUUGGCUGUGUUGGGUCUUCGUUGCUGCGGGUGGGCUUUCUCUAGUUGCGGCGAGCGGGGGACUACUCUUUGUUGCGGUGAGAUUUCUCAUUGCAGUGGCUUCUCGUUGGGGAGCACGGGCUGUAGGCGCACAGGCUUCAGUAGUUGCAGCACGCGGGCUCAGUAGUUGUGGCUCGCGGGCUCUAAUACGCAGGCUCAGUAGUUGUGGCGCACAGGCUUAGUUGCUCUGUGGCAUGUGGGAUCUUCCCAGACCAGGGCUCAAACCUGUAUCCACUGCAUUGGCCGGUGGAUUCUUAAUCACUGCGCCACCAGGGAAGGCCUGAAGGAAAUUUUUUGAUGUAGGUUGGUUUAGCGUGAGAAACACCUCUGCUUUCCCUUCAAAACCCUUAACGUACCUUCUGUGUUAUGUGCUGUGAUGACAGCCGGGAAGUGCUGAGAAAUAAAUGGGGAGGACAUCACCCCCAGAAGGGAGAAUUAUUGGUGGCCAAAGGUCAUGCAUUCUCAGUGGGGAUGAAAAUUGGGUCUUGGGUGAGGGGCAAAAAAAAAUCUUAGAGACAGUAAUUUGUGGCCCUCAAAAGGACCACAGUACGUAAAUACGCUGUGGUCUGUCGUAUUAGAUUGUCAUAGUGGGGGUGAGUAGCAAAAAGAUGCCGAUUAAGGCCCCUUAAGGCAAUGAUGAUGAAAAAAUGGUAGAGAAACACUGGCACAGGUAGUCAGUGCUUUAGUCUCAUGUUAUCCUCUGAUAGGCACUUCCAAGUGGGUUUUGACUUGAGGCCUGUCUUCAAGCCCACAGCCUUCACUUGAUUUUUUUUUUUUUUUUUUUUGCUGUACGCGGGCCUCUCACUGCUGUGGCCUCUCCCGCUGCGGAGCACAGGCUCCGGACACACAGGCUCCGCGGCCAUGGCUCGCGGGCCCAGCCGCUCCGCGGCAUGUGGGAUCUUCCGGGAUCGGGGCACGAACCCGUGUCCCCUGCAUCGGCAGGCGGACCCUCAACCACUGCGCCACCAGGGAAGCCCCACUUGAUUUUUUACACCACAGAAAUCAUGACCUUAGAUUUUGAAGACAGCUGGGGCAGUACCUAGAGCAGUGGUUCUCAAGGUGUGGUCUGCCGGUCACUGGAAAUCCCUAGAUUUUUUCAGCAGUUGGCGCCUGGACAGGAAGCAAGGCAAUGGCACCAAAUACCACAGUCGUUGUCUCCAUGCCUUGCUCUCAAAGUGAAAAAAUUGCCAACGUCCCUGAGAAAUGUCCUCCAUAGAAUAAGAGAUAAAUUGUAUUAAAUCUUGACCCUUGAGCAUACAGCUCAUGUUCUGCAAUGACGGGAAGCGCACACAAGCACUCCUGCUGUGCACUGAGGUGCGGAUGUCUUGAGGAAAGGCAGUUGUGCAGGUGUAGGCUGAAUCAACCGUGUUGUGCAUGGCAUAACCAUUUCUACUCGAAAGAACGAGCAAAUUAUGGUAUUUAGACUUGGCUAUUUGGGAGACAUUUUCCGGAAGAUGAACGGAAUGAGCCUUUCACUUCAAGGGAAACUGAUAGUGUUGCCAAUGAUAAAAGCUUUUAAGCAAAAAUUAGAAUCUUUGAAAACUUGUAUUGCCGCCAUGAGCUUGACAUGUUCUCCAUGCUUAGACUUUUCUGAGGGGACUGGUGGUGCUAUGAACAAACAUGAUCUGUAUGAUGAAAUGUAUUGACAUACAUUUACAUAGUUCAGUGAACGAGCAUUUUCCAAAUGCCUAAUGCAUGUUACAAAAUCACUCAUGGGUAAGACUCAUUAAAAGUGUAAGGCCAGUGGGUUUUAAUGUAAGAGUAUAAAAAGCUCAUUGAUAAGGUUUCAGAUCCACAUUGCCUUUAAGAAACUACCACCUGUGGAGUGGUGACAUAGCAUCACGUAGCCUCAGUUACCUGAGAAGCCUAUUUAAAAACUCCUUUUUCCAACUUCAUAUCUGUGUGAAGUCAGCUUUACGUCAGCACAACACACAACAGGUUGUGGAAGCAGCUGUGAGAAUCCAACUGUCUUCUAUUAAGCCAGACAUGAAAGAGAUCUGCAAAAAUGUAAAAUGCCACUCUUCUCCCUGGAUUUGUUUUGGAAGUUGUUUCUCAUAAAAAGUUAACAUAAGUUACUGUUGUUUUAAAAUCCAUUUACUAUAGUAAAUAAACAUCAAUGGCUAUAACCCAGAUAAUAAAGGCUG